CUGAUGUGACAAACACAUUUUUAACUUCUCUUCCUUGCAUUUUCCCCAUUUCUCUCUUUAUUUAAGCCCCCCAUUUUUUUCAACUUUCUUUUACCCUUUACUUUCCCCUUGCUUUUUGUUCAAGUACAAAGUCUUUGGGUUUGAAAUUGAAGACAAGAGUGCAAGUCACAGUUGUUGAAUAGGUUCAUACAGAGCAUUGUGUCUGAAUCUUGAUGAGUUUUACUCUGAAAGGAGUUCUUUGCUUCAGCUGCAAGUGAUGGCAAUGGAAGUGAUGGGGUUCUUUCCCCUGUUUUUGGUGAAAUGGUUGUUCUUGGUUGGUAUUGUUUGGUCAUCUUUGUGUCCUGGGUCCGCAAGUCAAGCCUGUCAUCCGGUUGAUCUUUUAGCACUAAAGGAUUUCGCAGGAAACCUCACAAAUGGCUCCAUCAUUUCAACAUGGUCCAAUGAUUCUAGUUGCUGUAAUUGGGACGGAGUUUUCUGCAGGGAGACUGAUAAUCUGUCUGAUGCAAGAAGAGUGAUUAUGUUGAAUGUAUCCGAUAAAGGUGUGCAAGGUGUGAUAUCACAUGCUAUUGGAAAUUUGGAACAUUUGAAGUUGCUGGAUCUUUCGCACAAUUAUUUUGAAGGCGAGUUACCUGCUGAAUUUUCUAAGUUGAAGCAGCUAGAGUUUCUUGAUUUGAGCCAUAAUGUUUUGACUGGACCAGCUUUUCAUGCACUUGCUGGACUGGAAUCUAUCCGCGCAGUUAAUCUCUCGAGUAAUUCAUUCAAUGGGAGCUUGUUCAGCUUCGUGGAUUUUCGUAAUCUUGUUGCUCUCAACCUAAGCAAUAACUUUUUCUCUGGUGGUUUCAAUUCUCAAGUCUGCAGUUCCUCCAAGAAGAUUCAGUUUCUUGAUCUUUCGAUGAACCAUUUCACUGGAGGGCUUGAAGGCUUAGGAAACUGUAGUAGCUCUCUGCAGCAACUGUAUAUGGAUUACAACUCAUUUUCAGGAUCCCUUCCUGAAGCAUUAUAUACAAUGUCUUCUUUGGAGCAUUUUUCAGUCUCUGCCAACAAUUUAUCUGGUCCGGUGAGCCAAAAUUUGAGUAAGCUUUCGCGCCUUGAGACCCUUAUUUUAAAUGAUAAUCAAUUUUAUGGUCCCCUUCCAGACGUGUUUGAAAAUCUGACACAGCUAAAACAUCUGGUAGUACAUUCAAAUUCAUUCUCAGGGCUGUUGCCUUCUACCUUAACAUUUAGUUCAAAUCUUCGGAAGCUUGAUCUUCGAAAUAAUUCUCUAUCUGGUACAAUCAAUCUUGACUUCACUAGAUUGCCCAAUCUUUGUGAACUUGACCUUGGCACUAAUCAUUUUGAGGGUGCACUACCUGAGUCACUAUCUAGUUGCCAGAAACUCAAAUCGCUGAAUCUUGCAAAAAAUGAAUUAAGUGGCGAGAUUCCGGAGAAUUACGCAAACCUUUCAUCUCUGUCCAUUCUUUCAUUGUCAAACAAUAGUUUUGUGAACUUGCCCAAGACAUUAUCUAUUAUGCAGCACUGGAAAAAUCUCACCACUCUCAUCCUUGCAAAAAACUUUCGCGGUGAAGACCUACCAAAUAAUAUUAGUGGUUUUCAUAACUUGAAGUUUUUUGCGCUUGGAAAUUGUGCUCUUAAAGGACAAGUACCAGCUUGGUUAUUUAACUGCAGCAAAUUACAAAUCCUUGAUUUAUCUUGGAAUCACUUGAAUGGAAGUAUCCCUCAGUGGAUUGGUCAUAUGGAGAGUCUAUUUUAUUUGGACUUCUCUAACAAUACUCUCACCGGAGAAAUUCCAAAGAGUUUGGCAGAGCUGAAGAGCCUCAUUUCUGCAAACAACAGCAUACUAUGUGAUCAAAUUGGCAUCCCACUGUAUGUUAAGAGAAAUCAGAGUGCAAACGGUUUGCAGUACAAGCAGGCUUCAAGUUUCCCUCCAUCCAUUAUAUUGUCCAAUAAUAGAAUAAAUGGGUCCAUUUUGCCUGAUAUUGGGAAACUGAAACAGCUUCAUGUCUUGGAUUUGAGCAGGAAUAACAUAAGUGGUACAAUCCCAACAUCCAUUUCUGAUAUGGAAAAUUUGGAAGUUCUGGAUUUAUCAAGCAACAACCUUUAUGGAUCUAUACCAUCGUCUUUCAAUAAGUUAACGUUCCUGUCAAGAUUUAGUGUUGCUAAUAAUCGCUUGAGGGGAGCUAUACCAACUGGAGGCCAGUUUUUAAGCUUCUCAAAUUCAAGCUUUGAUGGCAAUCCUGGACUUUGUGGAACAUUAAUAUCUCCUUGUGGUGCUGCCAGUAGUUUGGAGCAUCAACCAAAAUUUUCUACUGGUUCAGGUAGCAAGCUUGGACGAGGCACCAUCCUUGGAAUAACAGUCAGUAUUGGAGUUGGAGUUGCUAUCCUCCUGGCAUUUGUUGUCCUUAGACUGUCCAAGAGGAACAUGGGAGAUCCAGUUGAAUGUUUUGAUGACGACUUUAGUAGGCCAAACAGGCUAUCUGGAGCUUUCGGAUCAUCAAAGUUGGUGUUUUUCCAGAAUUCAGAAUGUCAAAAUCUCACAGUUGCAGACUUGUUAAAAUCAACCAACAAUUUUAACCAAGCUAACAUUAUUGGAUGCGGGGGAUUUGGUCUUGUUUAUAAAGCCGAGCUUCCUAGCGGCAUUAAAGCUGCAAUUAAACGACUUUCUGGGGAUUGCGGUCAAGUGGAACGUGAAUUUCAAGCUGAAGUAGAAGCUCUUUCAAGGGCUCAACACAAAAACCUUGUCUCGUUACGAGGAUACUGUCAACAUGGGACUGACAGAUUGUUAAUAUACUCGUACAUGGAGAAUGGAAGUUUGGACUAUUGGCUACAUGAGAGGAUAGAUGAAAGUUCACAUCUUACGUGGGACACUCGACUGAAGAUAGCCCAAGGAGCAGCUCGUGGAUUAGCAUACCUGCACAAGGAGCCUAAGAUAGUUCAUCGAGAUGUCAAAACUAGCAACAUUCUUCUAGAUGAAAGAUUUGAAGCUCAUCUGGCUGAUUUUGGGCUUUCAAGGUUGCUCCAUCCAUAUGACACACAUGUGACGACAGAUUUAGUUGGCACCUUGGGAUAUAUUCCUCCAGAAUAUAGUCAGUCAUUAACAGCUACAUUUAGAGGUGAUGUGUACAGCUUUGGGGUCGUUCUGCUUGAGUUACUUACAGCAAGGCGUCCAGUCGAAGUUUGCAAGGGAAAGAAUUGCAGGGAUCUGGUAUCAUGGAUUUUCCAAAUGAAGUCGGAGAAGAGGGUCGUGGAAAUAUUUGAUCCCUUAAUAUGGGACAAGGAUAUUGAGAAGCAACUCUUGGACGUGCUUGUUAUAGCUUGUAAGUGUAUUGAUCAUGAACAAAGGCGGAGACCGUCCAUAGAUCAAGUCGUUUCGUGGCUCGAUGUGGUGGGAGACGAAGGUAAUUUACAAUAAUAUUUCCUUAAUUGUAUUCUGUUCACAUAGCGGGGUUUCUUUUGGAAUAGAUGACUGUAAAAAAUCAAAAGAAUUUCAAAGUUUAUAUAUUGCGACAAGAGUUCUUAUGUUGUAACUUUGGGUUUCUCAUAAACGGUUUCAUAGUUCUGGAACUGGAAUGAUUUGAUAGUUAUAAAAUAGAUAGUAGAGAUAGUAACGAAGUUGAUACUGGCUAUAAUUCGGAUCGCAAUUUCUUUUUAAUUUUGAUUAUCUGUUAUUUGGUACAUUUUGUCAGUAUCAUUACGAUGAUGAUA